UCGUCAGAACAGCACAGGGAGGGAGGAGUGGAGAGAAAGAGACCAGAGGCUCUGUGGAGGAAAACGGGAAUAAACACUUCAUACCCUGAGCCAGCCUGAUUUUUUGUUUUGGGAAUUUUUAAUCCAAUCCAAAUAGACAGUGUGGAGUGUCCAGGACAUAGUAUUUUUAAAACGCGACUCCAAGGGGGAUUGGGACGGUUGCAUACUUUUAAUGACUGUGCAGGUCGUAUAUUGGAAGGCUACUAUUCGAAGAGAAGAAGAAGGCGAGGACGAGCAGGCUGCGAUACAUGGUCACUUUUGGAUCAACUCUUCCUUUGGAUAUACACACGACUCGUCGUCGUUUCCACCAGCAAUGUCUCAACGUUUGCAAUAGCAUAUAUCUUCUCGGUGGUGGGCAACAGAAGCUAGAAUUUGGAAAACAGGCCGUGCACUCUACACGAAUCCGAAAUGAUUCACGUUGGUAAAGAGAUUCAGCGUCGCCGUUCUUCUCGUUCAUAGUCAAGUCCGUACUCUCCCCUUUGUCGUUUGUAUGGCUGACCGUUUCAAAGACAGCCAUUCUACCUUUUUUUCCUUUCCAAGCCGCUUCCCCUCUCGUGAGCCUCUCGCCCGGGCGUGCAGCGGACGGUGGAAGGGAAGCCAUGCACACGCGCGUCCCACUCCCGAUCUCAGAAUAGAUUCGUGCAGAUCGUGGUCUCACAUGCCAAAGACGGAUCGCGGAUUGUAAAAAAGAAAAAAAAAAGAGAGAAAAAAAGGCUUAUUUGCUCGCCGUGUCAACUUACUGAAUGACACGUCAAUUGUAAAUCUGUACUUUUUUUUCCAUGUCUCUUUGUUAUGCAGAUAAACAUAUGCGCCUAAGCCAAACCAGCUCUAAAGAGGACUGCUCGUUCACAAUUGUAUGACCUGUUCGUCAGUGCCUUUGUUUGGAUUAUUUUCCUUUCGAUUUUUGGGGGAUAACUUUUAAAGCUCUAUUCGAGUCUAUUCUCGCUGUAUCCAAUUGUAGCAACUACCUCUUUAAAAAAAAAGAAAAAAAAAGGAAACACCUUUUCCCUCAUCCGCUCCACAUUGGGACAAUUAUUUCCCAUCCUGUCAAAACGACAUUUUGUCAAAAGGUAUGGAAGACCAGGCCCGCCUAAUGUCGGGUCUCGUUGGACUAUCUGGACUGUCUCAAGGGGACAUGGGCGACCAUGACGCCCUACGGAAGCAACACAACCUCGGGCAACCACAGCAGGACAUCGGGGACAUUCUCCAGCAGAUCAUGGCCAUCACGGACGAGAGUCUUGACGAAGCCCAGGCCAGGAAACACGCGUUAAACUGUCACAGGAUGAAGCCCGCCCUCUUCAGUGUCCUGUGUGAGAUCAAAGAGAAAACCGUCCUCAGUAUCCGAGGGAUCCAGGACGAGGACCCCCCCGACCCGCAGAUCAUGAGGUUGGACAACAUGCUGCUCGCCGAAGGCGUGUCCGGCCCGGAGAAGGGCGCGGCUUCGGCUGCGGCCGCUGCUGUCGCCGCGGCGGCAGGCGGCUCUCCCAAUGAAGGCAGCAUAGAGCACUCAGACUACAGGGCCAAGCUGGCCCAGAUACGGCAGAUCUUCCACUCUGAGUUGGAGAAAUACGAACAGGCCUGCAGCGAGUUCACCAACCACGUGAUGAACCUGCUGCGGGAGCAGUCGCGCACGCGGCCCAUCUCGCCCAAGGAGAUCGAGCGCAUGGUGGGCAUCAUCCACCGCAAGUUCAGCUCCAUCCAGAUGCAGCUGAAGCAGAGCACCUGCGAGGCCGUCAUGAUCCUGCGCUCCCGCUUCCUGGACGCCAGACGGAAGCGACGGAACUUCAACAAGCAGGCGACGGAGGUGCUGAACGAGUACUUCUACUCCCACCUGGCUAACCCCUACCCCAGCGAGGAGGCCAAGGAGGAGCUGGCUAAGAAGUGUGCUAUAACCGUCUCUCAGGUGUCCAAUUGGUUUGGGAAUAAAAGAAUUCGGUACAAGAAGAACAUUGGUAAAUUCCAAGAGGAGGCUAACCUUUACGCCAUGAAGACGGCCGUGGACGCAGCCAGUGUAUCCUCGCAGGCCAGCCAAGCCAAUUCCCCCGGCACGCCAAACUCAGGAGGAUACCCGGCCCCGUGUUACACUCCUGAUGGGAGGUUAUGAGGACCUGCGUGGAGAAUCCCCCCCCCCCCCAUCACUGUCUGCAUGGUGAAGAGGGUCUGUCGGACAGCACUGAUACCUUCUCUGUCUCUAGCGCCCCCUGGAGCCUUGGCAGCGGCCACCCAUGUCACCUCAAACUAGGGCCAUGUCCACUCCACACACCAGAUAAAAGUCAAAACACACCUUUUGCUCUCUGUGUUGGCCUUCCACCCACAGUAAACGUGCUUUUUCCACCAAUCGAAAACUGAGCUUUUUUGAAAAAAACAAACAAAGAUCUCCAAAAAGGACGACAGAUUAACAAUGGUCUGGAGCUGUAUGGACGAGCAACACGGUAUACUUGUGAUCCAGGACAAUAAAGGCCAUAUUCCGGUUGGCUGCAGUGUUAGCGCAUGACAGAUGGAAGGUAAGCGAAGGUGGAGACGCCAGUACGGGCAGAAAACGUUUGGCACAGGAUCUGCUUUUCUUUCUGUAAUUAUCCGCCGUAGUGUGGACAUGGCCUAAGACCCCAGUCCUCCCAGUUCCCUCCCCCCCCCCCAACCACCGUCAAAGGCUACCCUGGGGUGCGGCUCAAACUAACAAUCCCAGAGAAGCACGCCCACUCGGAGCCGAACCUCAAGCCGAAGAACUAGGAACUAGGAAAAAUCUACAAAUGAACUUCUAACAUUUUACGUUUCUUUGUUGUUGUUGUUGUUUUUAUUUUUUAUUUUUAAUGCUGACACCAUGACCAGAACCACAGCCGUUUUAUUUGUUUACAUAACUUAGAAAUUUGUGUUUCGGACAAGGCUCUUGUUUUUUUUUUUUUAUAAACACCUGUCAUGUUUGUAUCUUGUUUAAAACAAAAAAAGUUAAUACGAUAAAUCUAGUCACUGUAGAGAGGCUUUUUUUAAAUACUGUUUCACGAUGGGACAUCUGCUUGUUUAUGGCCUGGAGCCAGAAGUGGACUCAUUAUGAUAUUUUAAAGAACAAGGAAAAAAGGUUUAACAAAAAAAAUUGAAAAAAAAUAAAAGAAAUGUAAUUGUCUUUCAUGCAUGUAGUCCUUUUUAGAUGUUUAGCAAUGAUUGUAUUUUUCUUUUCUCUUUAACUUUUUAAAAAAAUUGUUGCUACAGAGAGAAAAGAAAUGUAUAGCUACAACAAAACCGAAAUGGCAAAAAAUAACCAAAAAUGAAUAAACACAUUGUAUGUCAAUUAUUUCA